AUGGAUCUUGAGACAAAGUUUACAGAAAAUUUCCACUUCAAACCCAACAUGAAAAACCAUGAGAAUCUUUUCAGUGUUCCUUCAUCUCAAGGAUUCUUACAAGAUUUUAAUCACAUUGAUAAAUUUAAUCUGCAUGGUACCUUCUUCAAUCCUGGUUCCGGGGUCCAAAACUUUGAUCCUAGUGAUAACUUUUCAUUUGUUGAUAAUGAAUUCAAGCCAUUUGUGGAGAAUAAUAGUGGUAAUGGUCAUGCUUUUGUCAUGGAUAAUUUUCUUCAUGGAGGUUAUGGCUUGAACAAUCUUUCUCAGAAGAAUAAUCAAGUCGAAACGAUGGUUACAAACCAAAGUAACUAUUUUCCCUUUAAUAUUAAUAUUCCUCAAGAAACAAAGCCUUUGAACUUUGUUGCACCAGAUGAAGUUUCAUGCACUCCUUCAAUGAAAUUUUACAAAAGAUUUGGCAUCAACAGAAACACCAAAGGAUAUCCUAUCUCUAGAAGAUAUCGUAAGAAUUCCAACGUUGUUAAAGGACAAUGGACAGUAGAAGAAGAUGGGUUGUUGAUUCAGCUAGUUGAAGAAAAUGGUUUGAGAAAAUGGUCUCGCAUUGCUCAGAUGUUGCCCGGUAGAAUCGGAAAACAAUGUCGAGAGCGAUGGCAUAAUCAUUUAAGGCCUGAUAUUAAGAAGGACAUAUGGAGUGAGGAAGAGGAUAGAAUAUUGAUCAAAGCUCAUGGAGAGAUAGGAAACAAAUGGGCAGAGAUAGCUAAGAAAUUACCAGGAAGAACUGAAAACUCAAUCAAAAACCAUUGGAAUGCAACAAAGAGACGACAAUAUUCGAAAAGAAAGUGUCGUUUGAAAAACCCUAGAGGAAAUCUUCUACAAGAAUAUAUCAAAAGCUUGAACUUAGACAAAAACCCUCCAAAAGAUUAUAGAAGAAAAUCUUCAACUAGUGUUAUGAAAAACAAUACCAACAAAGACACAACAAUAACAAUAACAACAACAGCUCAGUCUCAGUCUCAGAAAGCUGAACAGUUUCGUCCAAAUGAUCAUGAGUGUUUGGUACCAAGUUGUGGUUUUGAUGAUGUUCCGGAUUUUUGUUUUGAUGAGAGUUUGUUUCAAGGUGGGUGUAGUAUUGAUUCUCUGCUGAAUGAUGUGCAAAUUAUGGAAGGAAAAAAACAUUGUGAUGCUGAGAAAGAGGUUAUGGAUUCUAUGUUUGGAGUUGAAGUUAAGAAGGAGAUGGAUUUGAUUGACAUGGUUUUUUCAUGUCAAUGA